CUUCUUUGCCUUGACAAAGAAGCCAUCAGCAAUGAAACUCCAUGCUGCAACUAUCCUUGUCAUCUUCUGGCUUGGUGUCUUCACUGUGCACAUGGUGAAAGGAAGUGCUGGAAGUCAGCCCAUGCGCAAUCUCAGUUGUGUAAGUCUGUCUACAAAGCAACUGAACAUCCGAAAUCUUAUCAACUAUGAAAAGCAACAAGUUCCAGUAAAUGCCAUCAUGUUUAUCACCACAAAAGGUAUCAGGAUCUGCGUAAGCCCGAAUCAAAAAUGGGUGCAGGUUGCUAUGAAGAAAAUAGAUCAAAAACGUACCACCAAAGGCAAAUAACCUGUCCUAAGCAAGCAUCCAAGGCCAACUAAAUGGAAUCAUCAUCAGCACUGCACAUAACAGGGAAGAAAGUUUUAGUAUCUGCUUUGAACUCCUAUUUAUUAAUUGGCAAUAAAAUCUCUGAACAAAGACAAACUCGCCAGAAUCUGUUCGUCCCUGGUUGUAUGUCUGCUAACUUUUUCACUUUAUAGCUGCACUCU